AUGCUUUCCACCGUCGAACUCCAAGCCGAGAUGCCGGUCCACCCGCAGAUGUUCAGCAAGCGCAUGGCGCGCCUGGAGAUGAACAUCCGCAACAUUGCCAGAAUGGGUCUCUCCCGCAACGUGUUUGCCCUCAGCGAUACCGCCGAGAAGGCCUACAACCGAGCGCUUCAGCGCUCGGCGAAGAUUGUGCAAGGACUUGAGGCCAUGUACGCGUCUCUCCCGAAGGAGGCCUUAGAAUGCCCGCUGGCUGCCGGCCGCCCCGACUAUUCGCUGCCCGCCGUCCUUCAGCUGGCCGUCUACACCGAGGGCCCCGAGCAGUUCAACCAGAACAUCGUCAAGGCGGUCAGCCGGGCAGCCGCGCUGGAUGAGAAGAUGGCUCGAGUUGUGGAAUUCUCGUGGCGCGACCCGGCGCUCCGUAGCCAACUCUGCAAGAUCAACGACGAGCACGUUCAUCUACUGGCCGACUCCCUGUGCUUCGCUCAGACGAUCGAGGUCAUCAACAUGUCCAACGUCCCAUCCGUGCACUCGCUGCCCCUGGCCCCGAUCCGCCGC